AUGACAUUUUCCACGACAAAGAUCAGCGCCACUGGAGGGUCGAUAAUAUCAGGUUUGACUUUGAUAGCAGCUGCAUACCUGUUUGUCUCGUUGAUAAAGCAGGGGAGGGGGAAAUUGAGAGUUAGAUUAUUGAUAGGAAUGGUAGUCAGUGAUCUUAUUCUCGGAGUGGUGGCACUACCGCCUGAAAUUUUGUAUUUGGCUGGUCAUGGGCCUCCAACAGGAUCUUCAGGAUGUAACGCCCUUGCUUUCCUCCUUACAACCGUUCUAUUCAGUCAGCAUCUAUGGACAUUGACCAUUGCUUUUGCCACAUAUCUCCUUCUGACACACCCUCUAUCAAGCGUGACUAGCGCCUUUGAGCGAUACUCUUGGUUGGUCGCUCCUGUCAUAUGGACAGUAUCCAUUGUUCACUCAGCCAUAUGGCAUGGUACUGUAGGAUGGGUCAAUUCUGGAAGUUUGUGUUAUUACGGUACCAAAUCGAAUGGUAUCGAUCGUGAUCUCAUUCAAUUCAUCCCCCGAGCUAUAGUGUUUAUCGUCAUUAUCGUCUUGUACUCUCGAUUAUUCCGGUUCCUUCGACGUCCAGAUACGAUCCAGCUCUCUACGCAAUUUAUGGCUGGUACCCAACCUGACGUGUCACACACCAACGGCGACGAGGAGAACCAUGCGACCGGUGCCCACAAUGUAGGAGGACAUGGGUCCAAGUUGUUUAGACCAAUUUUCAAACUCGGUAGAGGAUCUUCAGGAACUAAAGAUCCAGUCAAUCCCGAAGCUCCAUGGGAAGCACUUGAAUUUGUUACUGUUGGUGGAGCAUAUGGAGGAAGAUUAACCAACAAUACACCUAUACAUACUAGUACGAUCGAUUUUACGCCUACGGUACCAUCAGGUAUUUUGUUGGCUUCUAGACCUGUUUCACCGGAAUUGAUCUCUCCAGGUCAAGAGAUCAAAGAUCCUUUCGUGAAUUCCACCAAUUUCAAUAGUCGAUAUCCCUCAACUCCAUCAGAAGCUUCAGGUCCAAGCUCAGAUUCGAAAAAAUCAGAUACCUAUACUGUCGUCACUCCCGAAUUGAGUUAUCAACCUGAAGCUCCCAGCACAGUCGAUUCAACUACCAACCUAGUCAAUUCCGACCCUCAUCCCAUACCUACCAUCCAACGUCACCAUGUGCUAUCACCAGUGUUGUCGCAGGGGUCAAAAGCUGAUUUAGGUGGGGAAGGGGAAGCGGAGGAAGAUCGUCUAGGUGUAUAUGACGAUUCAACUUUGGAUGGUGGACUCGGUCCAGCAGGACCAAUAGGUAGAAGAAGAUCUUCGUUAGUUGAAUUUGAUGAUGAUCUAGGACAAAACGGUGAAGACAGAAGACCAAGUGGUCAAACGUUGAAAGAGUUUUUCCAAGAAUAUCAAGUUGGCGGAUUAGAUGAUAUUCAAGAGAAUAGGGGUAGAGGUUCAGCCUCAGGUUCGAAAUCUGGUGGAAUAGGACAACCGAUGUCCGCUUCUGCUUAUUUCAAUAGACAAGCUAGUCUGUUGAUGCUUUAUUUCCCUCUCGCUUAUAUGUUGGUAUUUUCAGUUUCAUUAGUUAGAUUAGUUUAUGAUAUGGUACAUGGUCAACCGACACCAGUCUUAAGUAUAAUGUCAUCAUGGCUGGUCUUAUCGGUUGGCCUGAUAGAUGGAGCGGUAUAUGGAAUCGCAGAGUUAAUGGUAAAAGCCAAAGUUCGGCGUAAGAUGCCUGAACAUAUGCAGACGUAG